UAUUAGAACAAUAUUUUGGUCAAUAUCUUUAAGCGAUCCAGUGACUAUUAAAAUGGUCAUUGAUUAUUUAUCGAUUAAUUGUGGCAACCCUAGUAGCAGGUAGUACGGCCCUCUGGAGGAAACUGUACAACCCUCAACGCAGUUCCUCAUCACAUUGACUAAAACUCCCUAGCUUUUUAGCAUAGUAUCUGAAAAAAAAAAAAAAAAAAAAAAUUAAAUCAGUCAGUCCUGUCCAGUUGCUUUCACACGGGGAAUGGGAAUCUGAGUGUCUUUAUAGACUGAAAUCGAAACGGCCUGAAAUCUGCACGACAUGUUGUAAUUCAUUCCUAUGUAGUCAUGAGUUAACUUGAAUUUGUCAAGUGCCCCCCAUAGACUCAUGACAACUAUAAAAAAGAAUUGCUACUAUUUCAGCAAAAAAGUAUUGUUUUUCUGUGGUGCCAGGCAAUCAAAAAGGUUACAGUUACAAUUGUUUCCCACUUUUCACUUUUGUACAUUUUAAUUUACACUUCUUAAUUACAGUAUUGAACCAGUAUUGCUCUGCACAGGCAUCUGUACUUUUACUGUAGUGUAGAGUUUGAAUACUUUUGCAACUUCUGGUUGUAACAUUUUUUUUUUUCAGCAAAAGCUUGUGUGCUUUCAGUUACAGGAAAUUCCUCAAAGUAAUGGAUCAAAUGCUGGUGGCCCUUUUUUUCCUCAUCCACCACCAACUUAGCUCUGCUAACACGGUGCAGGUGCAGGUGGAGGUGGUCACUAAGAGCACACAAUGCAGUGUCACUUGUGGCCUGGGCGUCAAAAUGCAAACAGUUUGCAAGGUGAAAGACAGCCAGAAGGCCCUGGAGGAAAGUAAAACGAAAUCCACAGGAAACGCUGUUGCAGAGUCAAAUUUGGAAGUAGAAGAUUGUCGAGAUGAGAAAGUCAGUUGUCAAGAGUCGUGGCAGUGUGGAAUCAAGACUUUCACCAAGACAACAGGAGAGAGGCUUGAGAUUGACUGUCUGUCGAAGACCCCGAAAUUAGUGAAGAAAUUCGCCUGGAGGGUGUCAUGGCGGCGAGCACCAGGUGUGAUCAGUACUGACGAUUCGCUCUUCAAACCCUGGCAGGCUCCGCAUCUAGACCUGGUCAUUCUGUAUCCAAUCGAGGAGAAGCAUGCAGGAACCUACCGCUGUGAUGUACUGGAUGCUAAUUUCAGGAAAGUGAAAACGGAGUACUGGGGGGUGCGAGUGCUGCCAAAAGGGGUCCUGAAUCUGGACUAUGAACAUGCUAAAAGUGUGUGGGAGUCACCUUGGACCUGGACGAAUUUGUUAAACCCCUAUGAGACUCAGAUCAUCUGGCUUUACAUCAUCCUGACCAUUCUGAGCCUUGUCGACAUGGCAGUUGUGUUCUUCCUGGUGUUCAGGAUGUGGAACAACAGCGGCUCAUAUAAGAUACCUGAGGAUGCAAACUGCCCUGAAAACAUGUCAGAGCUGUGACAGCUACCAGUUAAGUGGAAGUUGGCAACACUAGGCGUUGGUACUGUAUCUGCGUCUGCCGAUACCACACAGCUGGACAGUUGAAUUGGUAUCAGGAGCCAGAAAAUCGG